AUGGCUCUGAAGGAUUUGGGGAUCGAAAUGCGUGCACUUGAUCUGGAUGCACCUCAGGAUUCCAUCGUGAAACCACUCAAGGACAUUGAUAUUCUCAUAUCCGCCAUUGGACCACGAGAUCAGCUGGCACAGAUCCCACUUGUCGAAGCAGCUGCGAAGGCUGGGGUGAAGCGCAUCGUCCCGUGCGCGUUCGGGCCCAUCCUACCAGUUGGAGUCCAUAGAUCUAGGGAUCAGAAGGAGGAGGUAUUCAACCUAGUCAAGCGCCUUCAUAUUCCCUACACUAUCAUCGAUGUCGGUUGGUGGUACCAGUUCUCCCUACCUAGGCUCCCUUCCGGUAGGAUCGACUAUGCCAUUGGUGUUCCGAUCAAAACCAUACCAGGCGAUGGAGAUAUGCCAUCCGCUCGCACGGAUCUUAGAGAUGUCGGAAAGUACGUCGUGCGGGCGAUUAAGGAUGACAGAACUCUGAAUGCCACAGUAUUUGUCUAUAAUGAAUUGUGGACCUCGAAUAAAAUAUAUGAUCUGCUCGAGGAGUUUGCUGGAGAGGGGAUCCCUCGAAAAUAUGCCCGUGCAGAGGAAUAUGAACAACAAAUUGCCGAGGCUGAUGUGAAGUUAAAAGACAGUCCAGAAGAUUUCAAGGCGAGGGCCCAAAAAGUGCUCGCCCAGUAUGCUCUGUCUUGGGGAAUUCGUGGGGAGAAUACGCCACAAUUCGCUAAGUAUUUGGGUUAUCUGGAUGGCAAGCAGCUAUACCCGGAUGUCGACUUCACUUCCUUUGAGAGUUAUCUGCAAGAGGUCAUUAGUGGUAGCGCACAGGGUGUCUAUGAUGAGUUGAAGCCCAUGAUGCAUCAAGCAGACAAGCAAGAUCAAUGA